AGAUUUCGACAAUGGUGACGAUGGAUUUCGUCACAAGUCUGCCGGUCGGAUCCAGCGGAAAGGAUACAGUAUUGGUUGUCGUCGACCGAUUGACGAAAAUGGCACAUUUCAUACCAUGUCGUACAACCAUCACAGCCGAAGAAACCGCGCGAUUGUUCAUCUCGACCGUUGUUCACCUACAAGGGAUACCAGCAGCAAUCAUCAGCGAUCGAGACCCGAAGUUCACGUCGAAUUUUUGGCAAGUCACGUGGGCUCGAUACGGCACGUGCCUGCAAUUCUCAUCUGCUUAUCAUCCUCAAACGGACGGUCAGACAGAGAGGAUAAACCAAACGAUGGAACAGCUGAUUCGGACAAACUGCCCCGACCGAAACAAAUGGGAGGACGUGCUUCCCAUAUUGGAAUUCUUCUACAACAACGCGCCCUCAGCUACAACUAAUCACUCCCCGUUUUACCCCAAUUACGGGAUGGACCCGACAGUUCUUAUCUCUACCAACGUUGAGAGUCAAGUACCACGGUCGCAGCAGUUCGUCGAAGAAUUACAGACUGUCCGAGACAAAGCUGUCGAACUUAUUCACAAGGCGAACGCUAUUGCCCGACGGUAUGCGGAUUUACAUCGACGAGAUAUUACAAUGGCAGCAGGGCAACUAGUCCUUUUGGACACCAAGAACUUACGGUUGCCACUACCGACAAAAUUACGACCACGUUUCUGUGGCCCAUUCAAGAUCUGAAGAUGGUGACGCCGGUGACCGCC